AUGGGAUUUGAAAACUUUGCUGGACCUCAUAAGCAUCAGGCAGUGGCAUUGAGAGUCCAAGCAGACAAGUCUCUAUUCUACAAUUGUUCAAUGGAUGGAUAUCAAGAUACACUUUAUGUACACACCAUGCGUCAAUUCUAUAGGGAUUGUACCAUUUCAGGUACCAUCGACUUUGUGUUUGGUAAUGCACUUGCUGUUUUCCAAAAUUGCACUUUUGUGGUCCGAAAGCCAAUGGAGAAGCAGCAAUGCAUUGUGACUGCACAAGGUAGAAAAGAGAAACAACAACCAUCUGGAAUAGUAAUCCAAGGAGGAUCCAUUGUGUCUGAUCCUGAGUUCUACCCAGUGAGAUUUGAUAACAAGGCUUACCUAGCUCGUCCAUGGAAGAACUACUCAAGGACCAUUAUCAUGGAUACUUACAUUGAUGAUUUGAUUGAUGGUGAGGGGUAUUUGCCAUGGCAAGGAUUAGGAGGCCCUUCUGGCACGAAUACUUGCUUUUAUGCUGAGUAUCACAACAUUGGCCCUGGUUCAAACAAAUCGAAGCGUGUUGAUUGGGGUGGGAUUUGGAACCUUAAUUCAAAAGCUGCACAUUGGUUCUCACCAUCCAAGUUCUUUCAUGGAACUGAUUGGAUUGAGGUUACUGGAAUUCCUUGCUUCCCUGGCAUACCCAAACACCAUAAACACAAGAACACAAUACUAACCUGGUGA